GGAGCAGCCCCGUGGGGGCGGGCGGGCCGCGGGGCGCCAGCCCGGGGGGUUCGUGCGGCCCCUCCGCUCGGCCCUGCCGGCCGGCCGGGCCCCGCUCCCCAUGGGAUAAGCUGUAAACAUGUUCAGCUUUGAAGGGGAUUUCAAAACAAGGCCCAAGGUGUCCCUCGGAGGAGCGAGUAGGAAGGAAGAAAAGGCUUCUCUCCUGCAUCGGACUCAGGAAGAAAGGAGAAAACGAGAGGAAGAAAGGCGGAGGCUGAAAAAUGCAAUAAUAAUCCAGUCAUUUGUAAGAGGGUACAGAGACAGAAAACAUCAAUACUCCAUCCAAAGAAGUGAAUUUGAUCGCUGUGCUAAUUUGGCCCAAUCUGGAGGAACCUUUUCCACUGCUAAUGGAGCCAAUUUGACUCUCCUAGUCCGGCAGUUACUCUUUUUCUAUAGACAGAAUGAGGAUUCCAAGCGUUUGGUAUGGAUGUGUCAGAAUUUAAUUAAACAGAGUUCUCAGUUUGUUAAGCAGUUGGAUGGUCCAGACAGACUUACUUGCUUAUUCCAAAUAAAAAGACUGUUGGGGCUGUGUUGCAGGCUAUUGCAGAAUUGCAAUGAUGACAGUCUGAAUGUUGCACUUCCUAUGAGAAUGCUUGAGGUAUUUUCAUCUGAGAAUACGUAUUUGCCUGUUUUACAAGAUGUCAGCUAUGUGACAUCAUUAAUUGAACAAAUUUUGCACUACAUGGUUCAUAAAGGCUACUACAAGUCGCUUUAUUUGUUAAUUAACAAUAAGCUUCCCUCGAGUAUUGAGUAUUCUGAUGUUUCUCGUGUCCCUAUUGCAAAAAUACUUCUGGAGAAUGUUCUGAAGCCAUUGCACUUUACAUAUAGCUCCUGUCCAGAAGGUGCAAGGCAGCAGAUUUUUGCAGCCUUCACAGAGGAGUUUCUGGCAGCACCUUUUACAGAUCAGAUAUUCCAUUUCAUCAUUCCAGCGCUUGCUGACGUGCAGACCAUUUUCCCUUAUGAACUCUUUCUGAAUGCACUAUUAUUAACAGAAAGUGGAUGUUCAAGACGAAGUGAUCAAGCCCCAUGGCUUUUCUACUUUGUGUUAACAGUUGGAGAAACAUAUUUGGGAUCCCUUUCAGAGGAAGGACUUCUUGUGUAUUUGAGGGUACUCCAAACUUUUCUCUCUCAGCUGCCUGUGUCUGCUGCUGGUACAAACUGUCAGGAUGCAAACAGUGAUUCUGAAGAUGAGGAUGAAGAGAUCAGUAAAAUGACAACCACGCCGGGUGAUGGGAGAAUAUCAGUUCAGUACAUAACUGAGGAGUGUUUAAAGAAAUUGGAUACGAAGCAGCAGACAAACACUCUGCUGAAUAUGGUUUGGAGAGACUCAGCGAGUGAGGAGGUCUUUACCCUGAUGGCAUCAAUCUGCCACACACUAAUGGUACAACACCGAAUGAUGGUGCCAAAAGUCAGGCUUCUUUAUAGUUUAGCCUUUAAUGCCAGAUUCCUGAGGCAUCUUUGGUAUUUGAUAUCUUCAAUGACUACACGAAUGAUUACAGGGUCUAUGGUGCCACUCCUCCAAGUGAUUUCAAGAGGCUCUCCAAUGUCUUUAGAAGACUCCAGCCGAAUUAUCCCUCUCUUCUACCUGUUCAGUUCUUUGUUUAGUCAUUCACUCAUUUCUAUUCAUGAUAAUGAAUUCUUUGGUGAUCCAAUAGAAGCUGUAGGUCAAAGACAAUCAUCAAUGAUGCCUUUUACACUAGAAGAGCUUGUAAUAUUAUCACGCUGCCUUCGAGAUGCAUGUCUAGGAAUCAUAAAGUUGGCUUACCCAGAAACAAAGCCAGAGGUCCGUGAGGAAUAUAUUGCAGCAUUUAGAAGUGUUGGAGUAACAAAAAAUACAGAAAUGCAGCAAUGUAUCCAGACGGAGCAGAAAAGAUGGAUUCAGUUAUUCAAGGUCAUCACAAACUUAGUGAAGAUGUUGAAAUCUAGAGAUACGAGGAGAAAUUUCUGCCCGCCAAAUCACUGGCUCUCAGAACAAGAAAACAUUAAAGCAGAUAAGGUUACACAGCUGUAUGUGCCAUCAGCCAGACAUGUCUGGAGAGUCAGAAGAAUGGGAAGAAUAGGACCACUGCAAUCUACUUUGGAUGUGGGUUUGGAACCAGCACCUCUUUCUGUAUCUGAAGAACGACAACUUGCAAUUCUGACAGAGCUACCUUUUGUAGUUCCUUUUGAAGAAAGAGUAAAGAUUUUUCAAAGACUAAUCUAUGCUGAUAAACAAGAAGUUCAAGGAGAUGGGCCAUUUUUGGAUGGAAUUAAUGUCACUAUCAGAAGAAAUUAUAUUUAUGAAGAUGCUUAUGAUAAACUUUCUCCUGAGAAUGAACCUGACCUAAAAAAGCGCAUUCGUGUUCAUUUACUUAAUGCCCAUGGUCUUGAUGAAGCUGGGAUUGAUGGUGGUGGGAUUUUCAGAGAAUUUCUGAAUGAACUACUCAAAUCAGGAUUUAACCCUAACCAGGGAUUUUUUAAGACCACCAAUGAAGGACUUCUUUACCCUAAUCCUGCUGCACAGAUGCUCGUUGGAGACUCAUAUGCCCGACAUUACUACUUUCUUGGAAGAAUGCUUGGAAAGGCUCUUUAUGAAAAUAUGCUGGUGGAGCUGCCAUUUGCUAGUUUUUUCCUCUCAAAAUUGCUUGGGACAAGUGCUGAUGUUGAUAUUCAUCAUUUAGCUUCAUUAGAUCCAGAAAUGUACAAAAAUUUGCUUUUUCUCAAGAGCUACGAGGGGGAUGUGGAAGAACUUGGACUAAACUUCACUGUGGUGAAUAAUGACCUUGGAGAAGCACAGGUGGUGGAGCUGAAGCCAGGUGGAAAAGACAUUCCCGUUACCAGCGCCAACCGCAUCGCCUACAUCCACCUGGUGGCAGACUACAGGUUAAACAAACAAAUCCGGCAGCAUUGCCUGGCUUUCCGUCAGGGACUGGCCAACGUCGUGAAUCUUGAGUGGCUUCGAAUGUUUGAUCAGCAGGAAAUACAGGUUCUGACUUCUGGUGCCCAGGUUCCUAUUAGUUUGGAUGAUCUUAAAUCUUUCACAAAUUAUUCAGGUGGCUACACAGCAGACCAUCCUGUAAUUAAAAUAUUCUGGAGAGUUGUUGAAAGCUUCACUGAUGAAGAGAAACGCAAACUACUCAAAUUUGUAACAAGCUGCUCUCGACCCCCCCUUCUGGGAUUUAAGGAGUUAUAUCCUGCAUUUUGCAUUCACAAUGGAGGAUCUGAUUUAGACAGGCUACCUACUGCCAGUACCUGCAUGAACUUGCUGAAGCUUCCUGAGUUUUAUGAUGAGAAUCUGAUGAGAAGCAAACUUCUUUAUGCCAUUGAAUGUGCUGCUGGAUUUGAAUUAAGCUGAGUCGAACUGAUGCUUAUUUGGAUGAUCUGCAGAGGAACUAACCAGUGCCUACUCUAUAAGCAGCACCCAUACCCAAGCAGUUUUAAGGGAAUUCUAUCUAGAUUUCUGCAGCUCUUGUGUCUUAUCAAAUGCCCUCAAAUAGGUUUCAUUUCUAAACACGAUUUCUUAGCUUUCAUUACUGAAUAUUAUGUUGACACCGCUUUAUGAUUCAAAACAAUGAAUGCCGUGUGCAGUGUGGCUGA